GCAGUCCAGGACACAACCCUGCAGGCCGUGGUGGAAGGGACAGCCACAGUCAGCCGAGUCCAGCCAAAGACCAGGAAGACUCUGAAAGGUCACCUGGCAAAAAUCUACGCCAUGCACUGGUCCUCAGACUCCAGGUUAUUGAUCAGUGCAUCACAGGAUGGCAAGCUCCUUGUCUGGGAUGGCUACACCACUAACAAGGUAUUUGCCAUCCCUCUCAAGUCUUCAUGGGUGAUGACAUGUGCUUUUGCACCCUCGGGGAACCUGGUAGCUAGCGGUGGUCUAGACAAUAUGUGCACCGUCUACAACCUCAAGGGCAAGGAUGGCAAUGUCAGAACCUUGAAGGAGCUUGAAGCACACACAGGAUAUCUGUCGUGUUGCCGCUUCCUCAGUGACGCUGAAAUCAUCACAAGCUCUGGUGACACUACUUGUGCUCUUUGGGACAUAGAGACUGGCAAGCAGAAGACAGUCUUCAUGAACCACGUCGGUGACUGCAUGUCCCUGGCGCUCUCUUCGGACAUGAAUGUCUUUGUCUCGGGAGCUUGUGAUUCCCAAGCCAAGCUCUGGGACAUCCGGGAGGGCACCUGUAAGCAGACCUUCCAGGGACAUACCAGCGACAUCAACGCCAUUGCGUUCGUCCCCUCUGGGACCGCCAUGGUAACCGGCUCUGAUGAUGCCACCUGCAAGAUGUAUGACCUGCGCUCUGACCAAGAGCUCAUCACCUACCAGGACUCCAGCAUCGCCUGUGGAGUCACAUCAGUGGCCCUGUCUCUCUCUGGCCGGCUCAUCAUGGCCGGGUAUGACGACUUCAACUGCAACAUCUGGGAUUCUCUCAAGGCUGAGAAAGUGGGUGUACUGGCGGGCCAUGAUAACAGAGUAAGCUGCACCGGGGUGCCACCGGACGGCAUGUGUGUCUGCACAGGAUCCUGGGAUAGCUUUCUGAAGAUCUGGAACUAAGCUGCUGCACCAGAGCCAAGUGGAGAGACACAGGGAGAGAGGUGUGGAUGGAGUGAAAGGGGGAAUUACUGCAAGCGAAAC